UUUGAUGAAGCAGAAGUACAAACUGAAAACUGGAAGCCAAAGAACACAGAGGAAGAGUGGGUGAGAGACAAAGAGAGAGAGAGAGAGAGAGAGAGAGAGACUGAAAAUCUGAAACUGAAUUCAGACAAAUGGGUGAGGAAGUAGUGGGUGAUCACAUGGGUGUGGUUGGUUAGUUGUUUCUCCACUAGGCUUGCACACAAGUGACACACAGAGGACAGCACUGUGGAUGAUGAGGCUGCGGAUACAUCUCUGGAUUCGGGCACCUUGCAGGAUGGAUACAAAGAUGAACCUGGUUUACUUGAGCAUUUUCCUGUUUAUGAUGUUAAGAGUGUCAAGGGCCGAGACUCCUGCACCUGCAACUGCACCUGCACCUGCAACUGCACCUGCAACUGCAACUGCACCUGCAGCUACACCCACACCUACACCCACACCUACACCCACAGAUGCAAAGGACGAAUUGACAUCUACAAUAAACCCUGAAAUAGAUGCAGUGGAAAGGAGAGUAACUCGAGAUAUUAACACCUCCUCGGAAACUACACCUGAAAAACCCACAAACCAGCAAGCAAACAUCUCCCUCAGUGUCACCACAUCACGAACAGAGACUGUAGCAGCUUCAAGUGCAAAAGCAACAAGUCAACCAAAGCUCACAUCAGCUUCAGCAUCUGCAGUGAAAACCAGCCCUUCUGCACCCAAGAAAGCCAUCGAGUGGAAGUCAGAGUGGGACCAAGAUUUCACCUAUGAUUAUAAGUCCCUGAGUUGUGCUGGACUGGUCAUUGCAGCAGUGCUGUUCAUCUUUGGCAUAUUGGUCAUUACCUGUGGAAAGUUCAAUCGGCUGCCCAAAUGUCGCAAGAGGUCAACAAAGUCAUACCGGGUAGCCCAAGGAUAAGGAGAGAGCACGCGUGAAUUCAGUAACCAAAGAAAACAGCUGCAAGAAAACAACCAGGAAUCCAUCAAUAGAAAAACACCUGACAGUCUGUGUGUGCGCGUGAAUGUGGACUGACACACUGCUUAGUAACUGUCAUAGAAAAACAAUAAAUAAACAUGGAAAUCAUGACUCAUGCUGACAAGUUAUAAAAGUGGAACCAUCAUCCGGUUCAUCAUAGUCAACUAUUUCUAUAGUUGGCAAAAAAAUUCCUUUAAAAAGUCAAGUGAUUAUUUAUCCGGGACAAUAAUGAAUAGAUGAAUCCCAUUUUAAUCAAACCUUCAGCCAUGAAGCAGGCUUGUUUCUAAUGACCUUUGCAUCUUGUAACUAAUGCCAUAGCCACGGGCAGUGUCUCACAGCUCGGAUUUAUUAUUAAAGGUUAUGAGGAAUAA